AUGGCAUUCAUAAACUUGGAAAAGGACUAUGAUAGAGUGCUAAGAGAAGAGAUGAGGAAGUUUGAAAGAGGUGCCCCAGAGAAGCAUGUUAAGAUAAUCAAGGAAUCGGACAGGAACGCAACAACCAAGGUGAGGAGUACAGGUGGAACUACGGAUCGCUUCAAGGUCAAAGCCGGACUCCAGCAAGGCUCGGCACGACGCCCAUUCCUUUUUAAAAGAGUGUUUAAUGUGCUAACGGAAACAGUUAGAGAAAACCCACGAUGGUGUGUCCUCUAUGUGGAUGAUGUUGGUUUAGUGGCAACGAGUAAGCGAGCUCUACAAACCAAGCUCGAGAGAUGGAGGCAGGCUUUAGAGAAUAGAGGGAUGAAGAUAAGCAGAAGUAAGACGGAAGAUAGGACAACAGAUGGAGAAGGAGAUCAACAAGACACGAUACAGUUAGAUAGACUGAACAUAAAGCGAGUGAAACGUAUUAAAUAUCUGGGAGCCACCAGGAAGAAUGGAUAA